UGCUAUGGACAGUGCUAUCACCCUGUGGCAGUUCCUCCUCCAGCUCCUCCAAGAGCCUCAGAACAAGAAUAUCAUCUGUUGGACCUCCAACGACGGCGAGUUCAAGCUGCUGCAGGCAGAGGAGGUGGCCAGGCUCUGGGGAAUCCGCAAGAACAAGCCCAGCAUGAACUAUGAUAAACUCAGCCGAGCGCUCAGAUACUAUUACGUGAAGAAUAUCAUUAAGAAAGUGAAUGGUAAGAAGUUUGUGUACAAGUUUGUCUCCUACCCAGAGAUUUUAAACAUGGAUCCACUGGUUGUGGGCCGGAUAGAGGGAGACCCUGACCUGCCUGGGUUUGCAGAGGUGAACAGUGCUCCAAAGGAUGUGGAAAACUGUGGGAAGGAGAAGGCUCAGUCGUGUGCUAAGUCCUCCAGCCGCAAUGACUACAUCCACUCAGGCCUCUACUCCUCCUUCACUCUCAACUCCCUCAACUCUUCCAGCGUGAAACUCUUCAGGUCCAUCAAGAUUGAGAAUCCAGCUGAGAAACUGAUGGAGAAGAAACCUGCUCAGGACCCAACUCCCUCUGUCAUCAAAUUUGUCACCAUGCCCUCCAAAAAACCUCCCUCUGCCCCCCUGGUCUCCACCACUUCCACAGUCUCUGCCACUUCCACUGCUGCCGCCACUUCGACCGCGUCCUCCUCUCUCCCCUUGGGCUCAGAGGAGACCCUCCAGACCUUGGAGACACUUGUCCUCCCCAAGUUAACUGUCCCUGAACCUCCAGCACCUUUGCCAAACUUAACCACCAGCUUCACCCCAACUCCACCCAUCUCCUCAGUGUCUCCCUCCCUGCAAGUCCCUUCCACGCCCCCCUCGCCACCCCUGAGCUCCAACCCCGACCUGGACAUUGACACAGACAUAGAGUCUGUGGCUUCUCAGCAGCUGGAGCAGGCCCAGAGCCUUCAGCAUCAAUCCCCAGAGCCCAAAGAGCAGGAUUCAUCCGUGCUGGAGAAGGAAUUUGCCAAUCACCUCUCCAGAUCUAAGAAACCCAAAGGGCUGGAGUUGGCUCCUACUCUCGUCAUUACAGGCAGUGAUCCAAGUCCUCUGGGCAUUCUGAGUCCUUCUCUCCCAACUGCUUCUCUUACUCCAGCACUUUUCUCUCAGACUCCCAUCUUGCUGACCCCCAGCCCUUUGCUCUCCAGCAUCCACUUCUGGAGCACUCUGAGCCCUGUGGCUCCUCUCAGCCCCGCGAGGCUGCAAGGUGCUGAGGCCCUGGCACAGUUUCCAUCAGUGCUGAACAGUCAUGGCCCAUUUACUCUGUCUGGACUGGAUGGACCCUCUACCCCAGGCCCAUUUUCCCCUGAUCUCCAGAAGACAUAG